UCCAAAGAAACCCUACUAGGCUAAAGGGUUUAAAAGACACGUUACCAGUGAUUGUCCGAGACCAGUCAUUCCAUAAGACUGGAUGCUUAUUAUGUGCUUCGACUCCCUUAAUGUUUCAUUUUACAUGAAUACGGCAGUGAUUAAACGGCUGCUUUUAGAUAAAAUAUGAUGGUUGACAUGGAUUUUAGACUUUUAGGGACGGUCAAGCAUGAGUGCUAGGGUAAAUGUCAGGACUCGAAAGGGUUUCUCAAUGAUAAUUGAUGCGCGCAUAUUAAGCAAGUUCACAGAUUGGAUAUGGUUACAGCAGCAAUGCAAGGAAAGUAUAAAGGAUGAUGUUAUAUAAGCAAGGGAGUAUUGCACAAGUUUAAAUGGCAUUGAAAGCUUCCUAAAUCAUACAUUAGAACACUAAUGGCUCAAGCGCUAUUCAUGCAAGGCCUCUAAAAGGGAGAUUUAUCAAUGUACAACCUAGCCCUGAUAAUGCACUAGUUUACUAUAUAAACCGAUCAAGAUUCGCAUCUAAUUUUAAACCAUUGACAAAGACAACUAAUAGCAGCCUACUUUCUCAACAACCAUGCAACUUGUUUCUUUACUAUUCACCUUGGCCUGCUCGCAAUUGGUAAUGGCCGCGCCGUCCCCAGUAUUGUCUCAAUCUCUACAGGAAUUGGAAGAAACCCCCAGCAAUACCGGCUGCUGUGGUGGAUUUAACCCCUUCAAAAAAAUUAAAAAACCAACACCCAAGGAUUCACAAGUGCCAGGAACGAGUGAUGGCCCUAGCCCACCUCACCACAAAAAGAAACACAUUCCAAAGGAUUCAUUAAAGAAAUAUAGGAAAAAAGCACAAGCCCAAUGA